CCGCAAACCCUAUGAUCUCAUGAAGUUAUCCUCCAAAUAUUUGUUGUCCUAACAUGCCUUCGUCGUCGUCGUCGUCGUCGUCAUGGUGCUCGUCAUCAAAAACAACGGUGUGCUGCGAACUACUUGAGCGACCGCCUCAUCUCCAUCUGCUUACGGCCUACAGCGUUCGAAACCUUGUUCUGCCCCUUCCUACGCAGUAAUUAUGUUGCUCGCUAUUUUUUUUCACUCAUUGGUUCCACCCUCGACAACACCUUUUUCAUCACACCCCUCACCUACCGCCACUUCUUCAGUGUCAUCCAAUUUCCUAUCACUUCCUUGCAAGAUCCUCGUGGUCACUCCCGCACCUCGCUAUUCUUACCUUCUCUCUUCCCAUUAUUUUCCGCUUGCCCUCGCCGUCUCUGGUGUAUCUCGUUCCGUCCACGCAGUGCUUACUGGCCCUCGUGCGCGUCGUCGCACCGACGCUGGUGUUGCCAUCCGUGAAGACUCCCUCAUGGAAAUUUGGGAUGGUCUAGAGCAAUGCUGGGAGGACUCCGAGUCUCUCCGCCGUGGAGUAGGCGGCAUUAGCACUGUGGGCGGCGGCCUUCCAUUGCGGUCAGCGUAUCAAGAUUUGCGUGAGACCCCCUCAAUGACACGUUCCUAGGCAGCCAACACAGGCGCUACAUCCCCAGCGCAGUCAUCGUGAGAGAGUCAACGUUUCUAGACAAUGCC